AAUGCUGCGCUGCCUGUUUUGAAUGCGAAGGUGGAUUGCAAUGCUCGGUCUGACAUUGAAGUGGCCAUAGACGCAUUUGAUGUCAAUAACACUACCACGAUGGAGGAUGCUGAACUGCCCGAUCUCUUCGUUUCAGUCAAGUCCGGAUAUCUAUAUGGUAUUGGUUACAAUUACACGUCUGAAGUUCGUAUCUACGAAACUUAG